AUGAGUGACACCGCUGCCGACGAGAUCCGCGCUGCGCAGGCUGCACGCCGCGAGGCCAAGCGAGCCGCACAGGCGACCCAACGCCCCGAGUCAGAGUCCAACAAGGUGUCGAUGAGCUCCGUCUCGAUGGACCUCGACGUCUACGAUGGAGUGUCCAAGGGGUCUCGAUUCGCCAAACACGACCUCAGCAUCUCCGCGGGGCCGUCGACGAACGAGGAUGACGAGCAGCUCGAUGAGUACGGCAACCCUAAGCCCGUUCGUCUGCUCGAUUCAUGUGAGUGGCGGUAGACACAGUAACUUGUCUCUGUAAGAAAGGUCUUGGCUGACUUUGAAGUUGUGUCAUCGUCUCUGCCCUCGCAGUCACCGCACCGAAGCAUCUGAUCAAUGAGUUCGCUGACGACGACGCCGAGGAUCCAUUUGCGGCGACGGCCAAAUCCCGUCAAGUCACGUCACGCCAAUCAGAGUACCACGCCAGGCGUUUCAAUCGUGAAUCGGCGGUGCAGGCGGAUGCGUUCGCCAUGGACGACGCGCCCAAGACGGGUGGCGACGACGAGUCGACGACCUAUGCCGACCAGAUGCGUCGCGCCGAAAUCGAGCGAGAGGAACAACGGGUUCAGAGAGCAAUCCAAAAGAAGCAGGAAGAGGCUGCUGUUGCUGGAACGUCGGAGUCGACGGAGAGUGCAGUCACCGCACCCGAUGAAACCCCACGAGGGCGGCAGAGCUGGGACGUCGACGAAGACGAUCGGCCCCGCGCCAGCAUGGUCGAUGCCCUCGAGUCCGGUGGUACCAAGCGCAGUGGCGAGUGGGACGAUGUCAACACUCAAGGAAAGGAGGCUGCUGCCGCUGCCGCCGCUCCCAAGAAGAAGCGUUCGAGGUGGGACGAGACUCCUGCGCAAGCGGCGACAGCCGGCAGUGGAGCGCCGGGGGAAACGCCACGACGAUCUCGAUGGGACCAAACGCCGGUGGGCGUGGCACAGACUCCAAGUGCUGCAAGUCUCUUUGGGGCCAUGACCCCCUUCAAUGGCGCGACCGGUAGCAAUGCCUCGAUCCCUGGAGCAGGCCAACUCAUUGACCCUCGCAACCGGUACCUCUCGGAUGAAGAGCUGAACCAAAUGCUCCCAACCGAGGGCUACGAGAUUGUCGACCCGCCGGCAGGGUACGCCCCGAUCCGAACGCCGGCACGCAAGCUGCAAGAGACCCCGAUGGCAAUGAACGGCGGCGGCUUCAUCAUGCAAGAGGAUGCGGCGAGCGCUUCCAUGCUGGGUAUUACCCAGGAAUUGCCGACCGAGAUUGCAGGCGUCGGAGAUCUUCAAUUCUUCAAGCAAGAAGAUGCGACUUACUUUGCCAAGGUAAGCUUCACACCGAGAUUCGUGCCAAGACAAAUAGCCUUCUUAUUCUGCUGCUCGUCUUCCACAGAUUUUGGGUGACCAGGAUGAGAGCGAACUUUCGAUCGAGGAGCUCAAGGAGCGCAAGAUCAUGCGCUUGUUGCUCAAGAUCAAGAACGGCACCCCGCCGAUGCGAAAGACGGCUUUGCGACAGAUCACCGACAAGGCGCGCGAGUUCGGUGCAGGCCCCCUCUUCGACAAGAUCUUGCCACUGCUGAUGGAGCGGACACUCGAGGAUCAGGAGCGACACUUGCUCGUCAAGGUCAUUGACCGCGUUCUAUACAAGCUCGACGAUCUCGUCCGACCCUACGUGCACAAAAUAUUGGUCGUCAUCGAGCCUUUGCUCAUCGACGAGGACUACUAUGCCCGUGUCGAGGGUCGUGAGAUCAUCAGCAACCUCUCCAAGGCAGCUGGACUGGCUCACAUGAUCUCGACGAUGCGGCCCGACAUCGACCACGCCGACGAAUACGUGCGCAACACCACCGCUCGUGCCUUUUCCGUCGUCGCCAGCGCGCUUGGUAUCCCCUCCCUGUUGCCUUUCCUGAAGGCCGUCUGUCGAUCCAAAAAGUCUUGGCAAGCUCGCCACACGGGUAUCAAGAUCAUCCAACAGAUCGCAAUCAUGAUGGGCUGCGCGGUGUUGCCCCACCUGAAGAAUCUGGUCGAAGCGGUCGCGCAUGGCCUCGAGGACGAGCAGCAGAAGGUGCGAACGAUGACCGCGCUUUGCAUCGCUGCUCUUGCCGAGGCUGCGGCGCCUUACGGUAUCGAGUCGUUCGACAGCGUGCUCAAGCCGCUAUGGACGGGUAUCCGCAAGCACCGAGGCAAAGGUCUUGCCGCCUUCCUUAAGGCAAUCGGUUUUAUCAUCCCCCUGAUGGACCCUGAGUACGCCAACUACUACACCCGUGAGGUGAUGGUCAUUCUCAUCCGAGAAUUCCAAUCGCCCGACGAGGAGAUGAAGAAGAUUGUGCUCAAGGUUGUCAAGCAGUGCGCGGGCACGGACGGAGUGCAGCCAGCUUAUGUCAAGGAGGAAAUCCUGCCAGAGUUUUUCAAGAACUUCAUGGUGCGCCGGAUGGCACUCGAUCGCCGCAACUAUCGACAGGUCGUGGAAACGACGGUUGAAUUGGCACAAAAGGCGGGUGUAUCGGAGAUCGUGGGGCGUAUCGUGAACGAUCUCAAGGAUGAGAGCGAGCCGUAUCGCAAGAUGGUGAUGGACAUCAUCACACAGGUUGUCGCAGGUCUCGGAGCAGCAGAUAUCGACGAGCGGCUCGAGGUUCAGUUGAUCGAUGGUAUUAUCUACGCGUUCCAAGAGCAGUCGGCCGAGGAUUACGUCAUGCUCGAAGGCUUUGGCACGGUCGUCAAUGCGCUCGGCAUUCGCGUCAAGCCCUACUUGACCCAGAUCGUUUCGACUAUUCUGUGGCGACUCAACAACAAGAGUGCAAAGGUGCGCCAGCAAGCCGCCGACUUGACGACGAAACUUGCCGUCGUCAUCAAGCAGUGCGAAGAGGAUGCGCUCCUCUCCAAGCUCGGUGUCGUCCUCUUCGAACAGCUCGGUGAGGAGUACCCCGACACCCUCGGUUCGAUCAUCGCUGCUAUUGCUGCUAUUGCGAACGUCGUGGGUAUGACACAAAUGAGCCCACCUGUCAAGGACCUAUGUACGUCCUUGCUCUCGAAUACUGUAGACCCGUGGCUCAUCUGCUAAUUUGCGGAUAUUUGCUUCUUUGUCUGGCAGUGCCUCGAAUGACGCCCAUUCUUCGCAACCGUCACGAAAAGGUGCAAGAAGCAUCGAUCAACUUGAUUGGUCGUAUCGCUGAUCGUGGAGCGGAAUUUGUUUCAGCCCGCGAGUGGAUGCGCAUCUGCUUCGAACUGCUGGAUCUGCUCAAGGCCCACAAGAAGGCGAUUCGUCGCGCGGCCGUCAACUCGUUUGGCUAUAUCGCCAAAGCCAUCGGACCCCAGGACGUACUGAGUGUGCUGCUCACCAACUUGCGGGUGCAGGAGCGACAGUCGCGUGUAUGUAGUACGGUCGCGAUCGCCAUCGUAGCCGAGACGUGUGGACCGUUCACUUGCAUUCCCGCCAUCCUCAACGAGUACCGCACCCCGGAACUCAAUGUCCGGAACGGCUGCUUGAAGGCCAUGUCGUUCUUGUUCGAGUACAUUGGCGAGAUGGGCAAGGACUAUAUCCACUCCGUGGUGACGUGCCUCGAAGACGCAUUAACAGAUCGGGACCUGGUUCAUCGACAAACCUCAGCCACGAUCGUCAAGCACCUGGCGCUCGGAACGGCCGGUCUCGGUGAUGAGGAUGCUUGCUUGCAUUUGCUCAACCUACUUUGGCCCAACAUCUUCGAGAGUGAGUAACCCGCUAGUGAGUCCAGCCGCUCGGAAGUGCAUGUACUGAUAAGGUCCUUUCACCUCUACCGCCACCCACAGCGAGUCCUCACGUCAUCGGAGCGGUUCUCGAUGCGAUUGAGGCGAUGCGAAUUGCGCUCGGCCCCGGCGUCUUGCUGUCAUACAUCAUGCAAGGCUUGUGGCACCCAGCUCGAAGGGUUCGUGAAGUGUACUGGCAGAUCUAUUCGUCGCUGUACAUGGGAGCACAAGAUGCGCUGGUGCCUUACUACCCUACUAUCCCGGAGAUCUCGGACGAGCGAAAUGACUACGAGGGGCGGUCGCAAUUGCUGAUGAUGUGGGUCUGA